UUUGGUGGUGCUGUAAUACGGAUGACAUCCAUCUAGCCUGGUUCAGUCGCAGCAGCAACAGCUUAUCAACGCAGGAGACUUAAUCUGCGACGGUGAAGGGGAGCUAGGAUUCGCAGACUCAGUUAUGGCUACUGAAACGACAUCGUCCUGCACUGGCUCCAAUUUACUGCAGCCGAUAAGUGAGAUAAUCAAUCUUCCCCUAGACCAGGUGAACUUUGUGGUGUGUCAGCUGUUUGCCCUGCUCACGGCCUUCUGGUUCCGCCUGUACCUACACCCCAGUAAGACCAGCCCUUUCAUCAGGCACGUGGUGGCCUCACUGCUGGGCUUCUACCUGGCACUCUUCUGCUUCGGCUGGUAUGCCUUACACUUCCUGGUUCAAAGUGGCCUGACCUACAGCAUCAUGAUCUUCGCCGGGUUGGAGCACAUGCACAAGUUAUGCUUCAUAGUGGCGCUGGGCUACCUCAGCUUCUGUCAGAUCACCCGGGUCUAUGUCUUCGAUUACGGCAUGUACUCUGCUGACUUCACUGGACCAAUGAUGGUGAUAACUCAGAAGAUUACCAGCCUGGCAUUUGAGAUACAUGACGGCUUGGCCAGGAAGGAGGAACACCUGACCCCCAGUCAGAAGUGCUUAGCUGUAAGGAGGAUGCCCAGCCUGUUAGAGUAUUUGAGCUAUAACUGUAACUUUAUGGGCAUCUUGGCUGGCCCCAGCUGCUCCUACAAUGACUACAUUGCCUUCAUCGAGGGCACGGCCUACCAGCCCCGACACCUGGAGGUCAACGGGAAGGAGAAUGGGAAGUACAAGUACACAGAGCCAUCACCCAAGAAAGACAUCAUCUCCAAGCUGUGUACCUGUGCCAUCUCCCUGGCCAUCUUCCUGUCCAUGUCCAAGGUCUGCCCGGUGGAGCGCUCCAUUGACGACCAGUUUGUCGCCUCCACCCCGUUUGUCCUGCAGGUCGUCUACCUGUACAUCGCCAUGCUUGCCACCCGACCCAAGUACUACUUCAUCUGGACGUUGUCUGAUGCCAUCAACAACGCUGCAGGAUUUGGCUUCAAUGGCUACAACAGAGACGGAACCCCAAGAUGGGACUUGAUAUCCAACUUGAGGAUACUAGACAUUGAGUUUGCUACAAGUUUCAAGAUGUUCCUGGACAACUGGAAUAUCCAGACAGCUCUUUGGUUGAAAAGGGUGUGUUACGAGCGCUGUCCCAUCAACCCCACGGCGGCUACAUUCCUGCUGUCAGCCAUGUGGCACGGCGUGUACCCCGGGUACUACCUUACCUUCCUCACGGGCAUCGGCAUGACCAUGGCAGCCCGGGCACUACGACACAACGUCAGACCCUACUUCCUCGGUUCCACGACACACAAGAGCAUCUAUGAUGUCAUCACGUGGGCAGGGACUCAGAUCGCCAUCUGCUACACGGUGGUUCCAUUCGUCCUAUUGGCCGUUGGGCCGUCACUCAAGUUCUACAGGUCCUGGUACUGCUGUUUACACAUAUCCUGUCUGCUCCUGGUCUGUUCACUCCCCGUGAAACCCCGUGUCAAGGAGGAGCAGCAGAACAGCCUACAGGGGGGGCUGACCAGAGGCCACAACAGCCACUCCAUCACAGACAACAACUGCAACCAGAAACUCAAAGCCACAUGAGAUCUGGGAGAAAGCCCCUUCGCCCUGUCCCACACCUGGAGUUCAGACCACCCGGCACAGAGUGAAAAGAACUCUGCUGGAACACUGAAAUAAAGUGCAGCUUUGAGACUACAAAGAACCAAAAGAACUGGAAUACCAGACCAUCGGAAUAACAGACAGUAACAAACACCGUUCAACAACAACCCUUCAAGGAGGGGGGGGGGGGUAGAAAGGAAAGAGGAGGGGAGAGAGUGGGGUGGGGUGGGGAGAAAGGGAGAGGGGAAGGGGAACCAACUGCCACUAAACGGCUACGAUCGAAUGAGUGAUAGUAAUGACUUUAGCAGUGAUGCUAACAGUACGAUGCUAAACAACAGAAGACCGAAGAAUGCAAAACUGACUCUCUUGCCUUAAACCCUCUAAGUACUGCUAGCAGGGUUACGAUAGUUGUGUGGAGUGGAGCUCUUGGGGUUUCGGUAAAUUAAGCAGUUGUAGUUUGACCUCCACGAUGUAGAGGGCGCUAUAUCUGAGAGGUGUCUAGAGGGUUUAUGUCAGUGUCAGAAAACAAUGUAAUCUCUACUAUGAAAUAGUAGAUAAGUGAAAGAGAGAACCUUUUUUGUCAGAUGCCAACUUUAAGGAGGCCUUGGGAUUCUGUAAACAUUUUGAUUACGGUCACUUUCCUUUUGAGUAUUUUACUUCGGCGACCAUUUUCACCCCCCCCCCAUAAUAUUUCAGCAGGAUACAGGUUCUUAACAGAUGAGGGAGCAUUACAAACACAAUGUAUUCCCAGUGACCACUGAUUUAGGUUCAUUGUUUUCAAGGGCUUUUUUGAAAUUGGGUUAAUUCUGCGUAGCUAACAUGUUUUCAUACUGUGUCUGAUUACAAACUGUGGGUUUCCUCUAAGUUCAGAAAUCUUGCCUAAUUCUGUAACGUCCAUUACAAGUUCAGUACUGUUAGACUGAUUUAAGAGCUGCAAACUUCUAGAUUUACCAAUGAAAAGCUACUCAGAAAUCCCUCUUGAUUUUUGUCAUCUAUAACUUCUUAAGGAUAUGAAACAAUCUACAUUGUAACCAUAAUGGAGAUAAUAAUAAAUAUAAAACAAUUUAACUAUUUUAACACCAAACCAUUUUUAUGAUUUAUAUAAUGACUGUACUCUAUGAAUCAUGAGAUAGAAUGAUUAAUAUCCCAGUAAAGCUAUAGAUCUGCGUUGAAGUUUGAAUGUAGUGGACAUGGAUGAACAUACAGACAGGGUGAUUUGUAUAUGAGGUUAGUGAAACCUACUGUAUGUAAUUCUGUAUGUAUUUCACAUUUAUGUAACAAUGAAACACAACAUAAUUAUUAUGCUCCAAUCAUGAACCCAAAGUCAUUUUCUCAUGUUUUGUCAUCAUCUAAAUAAAUGGAUAUCCCAAGGCAGAUUCCAGACCAGAGAUAUGGAGUGGGUCCAACUUACAACGUUCCUUGAGGGUGGUGUUAAUUGAGGUGAAGAGGACAGCCAGCGAGUGUAGUCUAAACAGGUCCACAGUGCCAUGUUUCCGAAGAUGUAUGGAACAUUCCCACGUGCCGCACCGGCAGGUUAUUGACUUUACACCGUCCAUGCGGUGGUAGGACUUGGCAAAGUAUUUCAGUAUAACCAAGAUGGCAGCCAAUUUACCAGGUUAGGGGGCUUUCUUUUGUGAUAACAAGUAACAACAAUGCAGCAGAUCCAAGUUUUCCAAUGUAAUCUUCAUCUUGUUUUUCUAACAUGUGCAUACUCCUGCCAUAAAACGUGUGUUUGUGAUUUUUAGAUGUUUAUGUGGUCUAUAACUGUAUGUGUAACCAAGGUUUUAAAUGCCUGAUGAAGAGAAAGGGAUGCCAUCUUUACCAACAAGUUGAUAAUUGCACUGCAUGGCCACCCGAACCUAGCCUGAUUUCACCAGACUGAACACUAUGCUUACCGUUGUUUGUGUAGCGUUCAGCUGGGUUUACCCAGGCUACCCCAAACCAGCAGAUCAAUGCAAACUGCUCCAUAUGUCCAAAGUGCCAAGUCAUAAACGGCCCUGUAUGUGUUGUACAUGUGAAAACAUAAUGGGUAUUUUUGUGUGAAGAAAGAAGAAACAUAAUGAAAGAUUUGUAUAACAGUCCUUCAAAAAAUUAUUUAUGUUGUCAAAUAAAGAGAAAUUAUUUUUUAAACACUAAUACA